GUGGAGGUGGGUACCUGUGCUGGCUGGGGCCGCGCGCCGCUGCGGAGCGAUGGCCCGGCAGCUGGGUGUGCACGAGCUGCUGCACGUCUUCUCCUUCCUGGAGGCCCGGGACCUGCUCUGCGCCGCGCAGGUGAACAAGUUUUCCGCGUUCGAAAGGCAACGUCCCUGUUUCCACCCGUGGUGGCCCCAUCCCUCGCCAUUUCCUUUACGGCUGUGCUCUUGAAACACUUGUCGAAAUAACCUCAUCUGCUGCCGCUGCAGUACACAGGCCCUCUGCAUUCUCUCUCUGAAGGACUCGGCUCGACUGUAUAGGUUUGGAAUGAGGUUUCAGGGACCACAGAACUAUGGAGACAGCUGAGUCUGAGACGCUGGUCUUCCCACAUGGUCCUGGGCACACAGACAUGGAAACAGUACUACCUCUGCCGGUCCGAGCUAGAGUUCCGAAUGGAGACUGGGCGGCCAGAGAAGGACUACAUCUGCAAAGCAAUUGCUGGGCACACAGGAGAGAUAGAUAAAGUGGCUUAUGUCUCAACCAGUGAGUACCGGUUUGACAAAAGGGAGAAGUCUGUGGUUUGCACUGUGUCCUCAGACUGUACUGUCCGUGCCUGGGACUUGCAUGAGGGCACGGAGAUCUGGUCCAGUCCUCUGCAGCCUGCUCCUCUCGUGAAUUUGGUGACCUAUCCUCAGCUGCAACUGGUUGCUACUGUGGACAAGCAAGGAUUGAUCAAAGUGUGGAAAGCAGAGACUGGGUGGGAAUGGGCCUCCUUCUGCUUACCUACGUCCUGUUCUGCAAUGGAGAACUUUGACCAUCCAGAGGGCUCUUUUCUGCUGGUGGCUUGUGCUGAAGGGAAUCUCUACACACUGACGGUGCCUCAGCUGCAGGUGGUCUCCAAAGUGACCAUGUUUCCUAAUACCUCUGUGAGCCUCAUCUGCUCUCCUGACCGACAGUGGCUGUUUGCGUCCUCACCCAGUUCAGACCUGGGCCCAAAGGUGAUCCACACUCAGUCCUUGCUGCACCCAUCAGAAGAUGAACUUACUACUUCCACCACCCUCACCGUCCAGCUGAGUUCCAAAGCCUGCUGGGUCCCCGAUGAAGCUGCCAGGCUGAUUAUUAUACACAGAAAUGACAGUGGCAGGCAGCUGGUUGUCACUACGUUUGAGUUAAAAGCCACGAAGUCCAGGGAUAGAGUGAACAUUCUGGUACAACAGGUGGCCAGUUUCCUCUUGCCGGACAUCAUGAUGGCUCCUCACCUCAUGCAGGGCCACGGCUCUCAGGUGAUCCUGCUGGCUUCCGGGUCAGAGCUGGUUCUGUUCACCAUACAUGGUCUGCAGCUCGUAGCCUUCCGGGACCACCAGAGGCCCAUCACAUCCUUGUGGGUGGACCCAGAGCGAGUCAUCACCUCUUCAUUCGACCUCUCUUUGCGUGUCUAUGUGUGGAAUAAGAAAAACAAAUUCCCAGUCCUCAAGAGCUGCUAUCACUUGCUUGGGGGAUCCCACAGAUGGGCCAGUGGAUUUAGUCAUGUGGAAAGUGACGGAAUGAGCAUCGUGGGUGUGGAAGCCAGAAGCAGUGGAACAAGUAUUCUGAGAUCAUACUGCUUCAGAGUUCAAGGUGGCCAAAAAGAUUGCACCAGUUGAAGCCAUCUCACUUUGGAAAAGCACUUGCAUUAUGUACAAAAACUAAUUACGUUAUCAGUGUUGGGAAAGGAGUCAUUCUUACAUGCUCACUGUGUGCCAAGUGCAUUGUGCUCUGUGACUUUAAGCCAUCACAACAGGCCAGAGAAGGAGGUACUAUCUUCUUUGUUUUUCAGACAAGGAAAAUAAAAUAGAAAGGGGAGUAAUUAGCCAUUAUUAUCCCAAUUUUCCAGAUGCUAAGCAACAUGUCCAAGAUUUUUCAGAUUAUUGGUGGCAGACAGGAGUUGAAUAAAAUUCUGAGGGUACCAGAAAGCCCAUGCUUAAAGUAUUAGGAUUAUAAAUUUUGUUACCUAAUAUAUCAUGAACUGAGUAUUUUUUAAUCUGUUUUAUAUGCUUUUAGACACACGAGUGCAUAGUUCUUGCUGUCACAUAGGUGGGUUCUGUGGUACUCUCUUACAUAACUCUAGAGCUGCCAUUGUUUGUGUUAUGUCAUUGGUGUCCCUUCCAGUUGGUCAGUAUGGAAGCCCGCCUGGGUUAGUAUCAUUCAGAAUUCUUAAUUGUAAGCAAUAGGAGCAGAUACUGACUGAAACCAAAAACGAAAUUUAUUGGAAAGAAAUGGAGUAGCCCACUGGGUCAUUGGGAAAGUGGGACAAACAGGAUAAAACAAAGGAUGGCCAGGAAGCAGGAGACAAGCCAGUCCUGCUGCAGCAAGUCUGACUUGAACCAUCCCUGAGCUCCAUUUCCCCCAGGCUCUGUGAUUUGCUACCACUGUGUUGCUUAUUUCUUGUCACUGAGUAGGCAUCAUGCCACCACAGAGAAA